AUGACAGUAGCUGACAAGACUUUCUCCUCGCUUGGGGCAAAGAUACUCAAUGCCGGCACAAAGAUUGGCUUCAUGUAUUUGAAGAACACGCCAAUCACUGAUGUAUUGAAGCGACAUACGUUGGAGCAGACCAAACGAUUGUUUGAUAUGCCAAUGAGCGAGAAGCAACAGUUUGCUCAGAGUGCAGAGAACACAAGAGGUUACUACAGAUUCGAAGGCGUUGGUUAUGGUGAGAGCGUAACAUUGGAUGAGAAUCUUGAGGAGCAGAACACUACAAGUAACAAGACUGACGACUACAUCGAAGCGUUCUUGAUGGGCAACGACCAACAUACACCAUGGACACUUAAGAAGGAAUACUAUAAGAAACGAUUCGGCAUCACCUCUGCCAGACAGUAUCAAUCACUGGCGCAUUGUCAACCGAACCAAUGGCCGUCCACCUCCACCUCGAACGACACCUUCAGACAAGACAUGAAUGAAUACUACAACGCAUGCACAUUGACAUCUCGACUCAUCAUUGAGACCAUUGCUCUGUCAUUGGGACUGCCUCGCGAUCACUUCGUCCACCUUCACAACAACAACGAUCAUACAAUGGAGCUUAAACACUAUUGUCCAAGUCAAACAAAGCCGACUGAUGUGGCGACACCAACGUCAGUCCGAAUGAAGGAGCACGCCGAUCUAAGUACUGUGACAUUACUGAUACAGAACGAAGGCACUGGUGGCCUUCAGCUAUGGUCCAAUGAUGCCAACAAGUGGAUUGACGCACCUUUUGUACCAGAUGCCAUACUCGUCAACACUGGCAACAUAAUGGAAAGACUAAGCAAUGGAGUCUACCUCAACACCAUGCAUCGCGUCGUCCUCAAUCCAUACCAGACACAACACUCACGCUACUCUGUCGUGUUCUUCUACGUGCCUGACUGGGACAAGGACGUCGGCAAUGGCGACCUCAUGGGCGAUCUCAUUCCAUUCAGCUGA